AUGGCAAACAUUCAGAUUCCUUCGUUUAUGGAAACGAAAAUUUGUUCACAUUAUUGGAGUCUUGUUGUAAUGUUCUAUUAUGGUCAAGAAGCCUUUGCUGUCUUAUGCAUUAUGGGCUUCAGGAGGGAUCUCACCUUGGAAGAUGCCAUGGAACCUCAACCCUGGCGUGCCAUUGUACAUUGUUAUGGGUUGGCAUGCCAGUCGUCUGGAUCUAGACCAAUUCUGAUCCAAGUCCCUAGAGAUCUCAAUUGCUUUGAUUUUCAGAUCCGUGUCUGCGGCGUUGGGCAUGAUGAUUCAGCCCCGCGAUCGUCGAUUGGGAAGCUGUGUUUGAGCGUGGAAGACGAGGGAACAGGAAAUGAUUUUGUACAGUUCGUUAACUGCUUGGAUCAACCACUUUCUGGCUUGCAUGGGAGCAGAGGUUGUCUUGGAUGUUACACCAAGCCCACACCAAUUACUGCUGUGGAUGAGCCCUCAAAGGGACUCAGAAUUCAGGGACAGACAGUUAAAAAACCUAGUGCAUCAGAAGAUUUUUGGAGCACUAGCACAUAUGAUUUGGACAAUAGUGCAGCUCAGUCUCAGAGAAGCAUCUCAGCUAUAAGCUUAUCAAACCAGAGCAUGAAUCACAAUGGUGGCACUGGCAGCAGUAGCAACCAUUCUGAUUUUGUAAAUCAUGGUCUUCUGAACUGGAAUCAGACCAGGUUGCAGUGGAUUGCAAAUAAAAAGUUUGAGAACCAUGGACGCACCUGCAAACCCAGAUUAAGCAGCUGGAACGUGACAUAUGAGACCUUGCUUGGGACUAACAGACGUUACUCCCGACCAAUCCCUCUCUCUGAAAUGGUAGAGUAUCUUGUGGACAUCUGGGAGCAUGAUGGCUUGUAUGAUUAAGGAACUCCUCAAUAUCUGUUAGGCCAUCUUCUUAUUUGCAAGUUUUAACUCUUUUCAGAGCUCCGUAAAGUAUCUGGGAACAAGAAAAUAUUUCAAAAGAUGAAUGUAAAGAACAACGUUAUAGACCAGUGUGCUCGCUUCUGAUUUUUCGUGAUCUUUCUUUAGUAAAUAUCUGGAAAACAGUUGAUGAUCUGAUUACUAUUCAAUUCAACACUUGCUCUGGUUUGGAUU